CCUAACUUCCCCCUACAAAACCAAAUUGUUACACAAGAAAAAUCGGUAAAAACAAAUAAUUACGAAUUAAAACCUCCCUCGAAAUUACUCCACUCGAUUAAACAUCCCCACGCGCGGAAAAGAAGCAAAAGCUCGCACGCGCCGGUGAGCCGGAGUCAACCCAUAAAAAUAGGCGAGAAAAUGUCGUGGCAGACUUACGUCGACGAGCACUUGAUGUGCGAGAUCGAAGGCCAGCAGGGCCAGCACCUCGCCUCCGCCGCCAUCGUCGGCCACGACGGCAGCGUCUGGGCCCAGAGCUCCGCCUUCCCUCAGUUCAAGGGUUCGGAGGUGAGCGACAUCAUGAAGGAUUUCGACGAGCCCGGGCACCUGGCUCCGACGGGGCUCCACAUCGCCGGGAACAAGUACAUGGUCAUCCAGGGCGAGCCCGGGGCCGUGAUCCGCGGCAAGAAGGGCGCCGGCGGGAUCACCAUCAAGAAGACCGGCCAGGCUCUGGUCGUCGGGAUCUACGAGGAGCCGGUGACACCGGGGCAGUGCAACAUGGUCGUCGAGAGGCUCGGCGAUUACCUCGUCGAUCAGGGUCUCUAGAGAAAAUCAGAGACACAACACACACAGAGAGAUUCGAUCCCUCAAAAUUCAGCUAUCCAUUACCGGAAUUUGGCACUAUGAAUUCAAUUUUGCUUUAUUAGUCUCUUCAUAAUAUGUAUUUUCCGUCGUGUUUUCUUCAGAGGAGUAAAACAGAGUGCUACUCUGUUUUCUCCCUCUUGCUUCUGUUCUUUCUGUUUUCA